AUGGCCGAAGUAGUUUCUGCACCUCCUAUGGCGAUGGAAGUCGACGGUCAAGCGCAAGUACCUGUUGAAGGCGCCCCGGUUGCCGCUCCUCCCGAACCGGCCCAGCCAGAAGCCCCAGCCGUACCAGAGUUUGUCUCGGAGACCCUUUACAUUCAAAAUUUGAACGAGAAGAUCCGUAUUCCUGUACUCAAACAGUCGCUACGUGCCCUUUUCAAGUCGUAUGGAGAAGUACUCGACGUCGUCGCGCACGGAAAUCUUCGCAUGCGCGGUCAAGCUUUCGUGUCGUUCGCGUCUUCGGAUAUCGCGGCGAAGGCCUUGAAGGAGGUCAAGGGCUUCCCACUUUACUCGAAGCCGAUGCAAAUAUCGUUCGCGCGCACGCGGAGCGACAAGGUCGUGGAGAAGCUCGAUCCCAACAAUCUCGACUCGCACAAGGAGAGGAGAAAGGAGCACAAGAACAAUACUCGUUACACCAAUCCGCUCAAGCAGAAGUUCAAGGCCAAGCGCCUUGCGACGGAGGCGGAUGGCGCCGCCGCGGCAGCUCCCAAGCGGCCGAACGUCCAGAUGCCGGACGAAUACCUGCCGCCGAACAAGAUUCUGUUCCUACAAAACCUUCCCGAGACGGUCACCAAGGAGCAGCUCACCAACCUUUUCCAACAAUAUCCGAACUUGUACGAAGUUCGUCUCAUCCCGACGAAGAAGGACAUCGCCUUCGUCGAGUAUGUCGACGAGGGAAGUGCGACGGUCGCAAAGGACGCUCUGCACAACUACAAGUUGGAUGGGGAGAACAAGAUCAAGAUCACGUUCGCGAGGAAGUGA